GUUUCACUCAAAGGGAGAUUUGAUUCGUUAUGUAAUCACAUGUUAUAUGCAAUGCAUUAAUGAAUCACUGAAUCAUUUAUUAUUGUUUUUUUAAUCAAUGAAUAAAUUGCUGUCAAAACACGUGUUGUCGUCGGCGGCGGUGACGAGUCGGUGGUCGCGGCCAGCGAUGAGUCCAAUGCAGUGCCGAAGUGUCACAUAUGAUGUGUUGCCGACCGGCGAGAAGGUUGUGGUCAACAAAUACCCGAAGAGGUCGUCGAAGAGGGAGGACUGGCAGAGGGUUCGGCCCAUGGGUUAUGAGCCCAGACUUCGCAAACUCAAGAUCUGGGAACAGAACGAUCGCAUCACAGCUGAUCCACGAGUGGCCAGAAAUACGGCCGCAUCUAAACUACAGUCCAUGAAAGACGAUCUCCUCAACAGAGGUUUCUGCAGAGAAACCAAACCAUACGAACCCCCAAAAGAUGUCUAUAAUAUCAUUGAAAGUGUUUGCCGUCAAGUGUUUGAAAGUCAGACCCAAAGUAAAAACUGGUCACAGAAUUCACUGUCCGAUCGUAUCGUUAAAUUUAAGUUUUUGACCAAAUGUAACGAAGAGUUGAAUCAUGAGAUCCCAAAUUCAAUGCUGUAUUUAAUGAGAACCGUUUCCGAUGUCGUUGAGUACUAUUCAACGCCAAUCCGUGGCAUUACUUCAUACGACCAAAUGGUUCAAAAUAGCGAUCAAUUGCCGCAAAAUCUUCACGUAAUCGGAGAACCGCUUCGGUUUAAUCCCGAAACGGACACAUUCUUCGGCGGUAUUAGUGCCUAUCCUUUCCACGACCAACGAGUCAAAGGUUUGAGGGCUACGAAAAAGUAUCCCGUAAUUAAAGGACACUUCAAAUGGCCGGACGUCUGA